AGGAUGGAGAAGAAGGGUGAUGUCACCUCUAAGAGGCAGCCAAUCAGAGGCGGGCAGGGAGAGACAGCGGCCGUGAGAGGGUGUGUUUUUCUAUCACUGCAGCAUCAGCUCGAAGGAGCGGGGCACAGUCAAUAGAUGAUAGAGCAGAGGGAGAAAUAGGCUCCACUACAUGUUAGCACAGCCUGCUGAAGGAGACGCACGCAAGGAGUUGCCAGUGGAGACAAGCAGUCCAGAGGCCAUCUUUUAAUACCUGUGGAGUCCCUCUGGAAGCCCCGAUGGCCGUGGGCAUCGUGCCGCUGAACAGCACCGCCAUCAGGGUGUCGUGGGCGGGCAUUGACAAAGACACUGUCAGGGGGAAGCUGCUGGGAUACAAGAUCCACUUGACCAGGCUCAGAGCCAGGGGCCACCGGCGGGGCCGCAGGUCCCGAGAGCCCCAGGCCACGGUGACGGUGGUGGAGACGGGGCCCGGCGAGGAGAAGCGGGUGGUGGGCGGCCUGAGACCCUACUCCCACUACUCGCUCACCGCCACCGUGUUCAACAGCAAGGGGGAGGGGCCCGCCUGUGAACCCCUGACCUUUGACACCGAGGAGGGAGCCCCCGGCCCCCCCUCCUCCCUGAUCCUGGAGAGCCUUGGGGAGAGGGAGAUGACCCUGCAUUGGACCGCCCCCACCCACACCAAUGGAGUCCUCAUCGGCUAUCUGCUGCAGUACCAAAUGAUGGUGGAGACCAACGACCACCCCUUGAUGGAGAUCCCCGUGGACAACCCUGAGGCCACGCACCGCACCGUCCACAAUCUGCACCCCGAGAGGCGCUACCGCUUCUCCCUGAGGGGGCGCACCGCCGUCGGGGACGGCGAGCCCCUGGUCAGGGAGGGGUCCCCCACCCUGGAUGGAGGCCUUCCCUCCAACUUCAGCCUGGUGAUGGGGGAGACGGCGGUGAACCUCAGCUGGACCACCACGGAGAGACACCGCAACGUCCGCUUCCAGAUCGCCUACUUCGAAAAGAGCGGAGAGAGUAAAAACCAGCGGAGGUCCGAGAUGGUGAACUCCUCCCAGAGCUUCUACCAGCUCCAGGGCCUGAACCCGGGCUCGCACUACCGCCUGUUCUUCACCCACAACGACGUUGAAUUCUGGCAGAAGGACGUGGACACGGACGGGACGGCGGUGAUGGAGGUGCAGGGGGGCUUCGCCACCCAGGGUUGGUUCAUCGGCCUGGUGAGCGCCAUCGUGCUGCUGCUGCUCCUGCUGCUCAUCCUCUGCUUCAUCAAGAGGAGCAAAGGAGGCAAAUAUUCAGUCAAAGAUAAGGAGGACGGGCCCAUGGACUCAGAGGCCAGGCCCAUGAAGGACGAUACCUUUGGGGAGUACAGAUCCCUAGAAAGCGACAACGAGGAGAAGCGCACGGCCAGCCUGCCUUCGCUGUGUGACGACAGCAAGCUGUGCAGCGAGGAUAACCUGGACUACAACGGAGGCAGCGCCGUCACCACGGAGCUCCACCUGGACGAGUCCCUGGCCUCCCAGUACAGCCGCCCCAGCGAGGGCGGCGGCGUGCUGGCCGAGACCGCCGCGCUCGACCCCCCCCCGCCGGCGGCUGCCGCCACCAACAACAGCGUGCCCAACUCGGUGGCCAUUCUCGAUUAAAACCCCCCCCCCCCCCCCUCACACACACACCCUCGCUCCCCCCACCCCCGUCUACCCCUCCCUUACCCCCCGCACUUCCUCUUAACAGCCAACCAGGAAUGACCAGACCAAAGCACACACCCUGUGUGUGUGUGUGUGUGUGUGUGUGUGUGUGUGUGUGUGUGUGUGUGUGUGUGUGUGUGUGUGUGUGUGCGUGUGUGUGUGUGUCCAUGUUCGCCCCAACACCCUGACUAUGUACUUGCCACCAUUUUGACUGCAACCACACAAUCAAUCGAUAUCAGGAUGUGAUGGCCUCCUGUCAUGUCAUCUGACCGACCCGGACUGUCUUUGACCAAAAAGGAGCGUCCAAAGUAGUGGACGAUACAAGUCUGACCAACCGAGCCACUCUCUGACCAAACAAAGUCUUUUCAAGUCCCGCCCUCUUCUUCGUGAACCCGGUGUUUUUUGGGGGGCGUACCUGCGCGAUACAAAAGUUCCCUCCUCUCGUUGGUCUCUCCCUAAAAUGAAUCAUGUGGCGUUGUGUGUUGCCAUACAGUUAGGUAGGAGGAGGGACAUAAGGUAUGUUCCUGUCGAGCUGCAGAGUGGUGCGUUCAAACAGAGGGGACAUUUUUGGGGGGGCCCGUGAAGGGGGACAGACAGCACUGAGCAGAUGUGGAUGUCUUAGAACUUUGAUUUAUUAUUAUCCCGUUUUGUAUUAUUUCACGUUUCUAUUUCCAGAACCAUUCGAUGUCUACACGUCUAAUUGCCAAUGACAUUUUUAUUUUUCUACAAACCUUUUUGAAUACUUUUUUUUAUGUCAUUUUAUUGAUUUUUUUUCUUUGUUUUUAAUUGUUCAGGUUAAUUUUAGUGUCCAGCACUCGACAUCAUCCGUUCACAUCUCUCAUACACCCAGAUUUAUUCCCUAAAAACGACACACUCAAGUCAAGUUUCUCACUAUAAAUAGCAUUGGCUGCAUCAGAGAAACUCUGACAUGCUGAAUUGCGCAUCUUGUGUAUAUAUUCGCAUCUACACCUAUCUAUUUAGCCAUAUUACAGUAUUAUAGAUAUGUACAUGCUCCUUAUAGGUUCUUGUGCCUGUUGGGUCUGCAUCGAACGCCAGGCAGAUGUCAUUAUUCUCGCCUUUGUCAUCCAAAGUGUGAUGUCAUUAUUGGUAUGAUAUUGUAAUUUCUUUGUGUAGAGACUUCUGUGUAGCUUUCUGUGUCUGUCCGUGUCCUCUUUCUAUGGUGUAUUAAAACAAUUGUUGUCUCUCUAAUCAAACUUUUGUAUACAUGACCAUCGCACAACGCAUAGCCGAGUAAGGAGCAGUGUUUAUGUAUGUGUACAGCUGACUCUCGUGGGCAAACACUUUUUUUUUAUUCCUUCAACCUACUUUAUUUUAUUGCUAGUUGAUCAUAAGAAACAGGCUUAAUCAUGCCCUGUUGAUGUAUAUUUUAUGUAGGCCGUUAGCAUUUACAUUACAAAAAGAAAAACUGAACGUAGAAUGUAUUAUUUUAAGCCUUGGUACAAAUAUUAUUUCAUGCCAAAAAUGUUUUGUUUGUGUUGAAAAUAUGACGAAAGUAAUUGUGGAGCAGGAGGUAUUUUGGUAUGAAUAUAGCAAGACUGGGAAGGAGAGCUUUUAAGAUAUUGAAUGUAAAUACAACCCUUAAAGAGUGUUUUGGUUGAGUUUGUUUGAUAAUGAAAUGUGCAGAUUUAAAUCUUGUUGAAUUUACUUACAAAUAUUGCAAGUAGUUAUGAAUCAACUCUUUCCUUUUUUUCUGUUCUUACAAAACAAACUAGUUCAUAGUUGGAGAAAAAAAAGAAUCAAAGACAAAAAAAAAUCCCCAAUUGUUUCUUAAAUGUUUGCAAACACUCGGAUAUUAAAAAAGAAAAGAAAAAUUGUGCAUUUAAAAUCGUCAUUUAGUGAUAGUAGUAUAAGUCCAAACUAACGCUUACAUCGCAUCCGCCAUUCAUAAACCGUUGAAGCAUUGCAGUGCUGUGAGAAUCUGUGGAGUCUUUGUCUGAUGCAGUUAUGAGGUAAAAGUACGAAGUGAGGCGCUUUUGGGAAUGCCACAGGGAGUAGCUAUAUGCAAUGUCGCUGUCUCUGCACCCGCUGCUCCAACAACAACAGCCCGCCUAUACUGGCCAAGUAUUCACUUGUUGCCGAUCCCUCUAGGAAAAACACACUGGGAACGGGUGUGGAGCUCGUGACGCAGCAUUGAGCUGGUUAAGAGAUUUGGCCUCCUUGUUGCUGUGCAGACACACUCAGGACAGAAACUUUUAGAAAAUCUAUUUUCAUACAUUCAGGUGACGCAAAAGUGAUGCUAUAGGAUAAAAAAACAAAACACCACGUCAAUAUUCUAUCUAGACUACCUGCUGCUAAACGUGUGUUGUGUUGUUCUGUUUGUGUCCGGGCGUGUAAUGUGGGCUUUCGGAUGAGCAUAAUGAGUAUACGUACGUGCGCAGAUAUUCACUCCACCGAUACGCACUCUUUGCUUUCCAUGUGCAGAGGAGGAACUAGGGGUCGCUGACCUUUGCUUCUCCGUGGCCGUAACCCCCCCCCCUCUCGUUUUUUAUAGACCAUAAAAAGAAAACCGUACAAAAUAGAAAUAAAAAAUGAAUUGCUGCAUUAACGAGAAACUGUAACAAAAACUAACUCAGAUGGGGAAGGUUGACCGAAGGUGGGGGGUUGGACACUGGGGCUUAAUGUCAAAGAUGAAGGAGUUGGGCUUCAAUGUGAUGUGGGAACGGGGGGGGGGGGGGGGUCAGGACUUCAGAUUUUGGAGUCGGUAGGUGAUUCACCAGGAUGGACAUGUGGACGACCUAUGGGGCCAAUUAUUAUUGUAUCUGCAUUAUGAAUCAACCACUGUAACUCGAUAUACAAUGAUUACUAAUAAAGUACCUGGAUCAAUCAGUUGCAAAA